CUUAUCUCCCGAAAUUAAUCAAAGUUAAUGAGAUAAUUUCUUCGUUGAUAAUAUAAAUAUGAUGCUCAAUUGGUUUACAAUCAAAUUGUCUUCGGGCGUUGUUAAACAUGGACUUCAAAACCGGACUUCUGGUGAUCUCGCUCCUGGUUGGGUGUAUUGCCCUCCCCGCGCCCGAAGAUGACAUGUCACGCUUCUUCGACCACACCGACGCGAGCGCUCGCAUCGUCGGCGGCACCCAGGCGGCUGUGGGCAGCCACCCUCACAUGGUGGCCAUGUCCAGUGGUGUGCUGGUGAGAAGCUUCCUCUGCGGUGGUUCCUUGAUCACCACUAGGACUGUGCUGACUGCUGCUCACUGUAUCGCUGCGGUGUUCAGUGGUGGCUCGCUGGUUAACUCUCUCCGUGUGACAGUCGGCACAAACCGCUGGAACAGUGGCGGCGUGGCGUACACCUUAGCUCGCAACGUGACCCACCCCAACUACUUGUCUGCUACCAUCAAGAACGACAUCGGUAUCCUCAUCACCUCUAACAAUGUGGCUCUGAACAACCUCGUCAGGACUGUGCCUCUGACUUACGCUCAUAUCCCCGGUGGUGUUAACGCUAGGGUCGCUGGAUGGGGUAGGAUCAGGGCUGGCGGUGCCCUCUCAGCCACCCUCCUGGAGCUGUUCCCCACCACCAUCGACGGUAACGACUGCGUGGCUCGCGUGGCCCGCGCGUCCGUUGAGCUGAAUGUACGCGCUCCUCCCGUCGAGCCUCACAUCGAGGUCUGCACCUUCCACGCUCCUGGAUUCGGAACUUGCAAUGGUGACUCCGGCAGUGCUCUGACCCGCGCCGACAACGGGCAGCAGUUCGGCAUUGUGUCCUGGGGCUUCCCCUGCGCCCGCGGCGCCCCCGACAUGUUCGUCAGAGUCAGCGCCUACCAGUCCUGGCUCCAAGCCAAUGUAGUCUAAAUAGUCAGACUAAAGGACCUGUAAAUAUUCCGAUAAAAGGACUUUGGAAACUGCUUAAGACUGCAUCUUAAUUUAAUGAGGAGAAAUAAAUGAAUUUGAAAGAA